CUACACUCUUCAUCGCCAGACAGACCUAUCCAAAAUGUCGAACCUGGGAACAGUCAAGCACAUCCCCAAGGAGGUACGAUACAACUUCCUCAACAUGGCCGCUCCGGCGAGCUAUGUUGCAGGUCUUGGUCGAGGUGCUUCAGGUUUCACCACUCGAUCCGAUAUCGGUCCAGCUCGAGCCGGCCCUUCUGCUGAAGUCAUCUCGGAAGCCCAAGCCCGCCGUGGGGAAGAGGAAAUCCCGGACCCAGAUGCUAUGCAGGACCCGGACGACGAGAGGAAUCUGUUUGCGGGGACGGUUUAUGAGGCGGACGAUGAGGAAGCCGACAGAGUUUGGGAUAGCGUGGAUGCCAGGAUGGACGCGAGAAGAAAGGCAAGAAGGGAGGCAGCAGAAGCCGAGAUGGCGGCGCAAGAACGAGCUCGUAACCCAAAGCUACAGACCCAAUUCGCCGAUCUCAAGCGUACACUCUCGAGUCUGAAUGACACGGAUUGGGACGCUAUCCCAGAAGCGGGCAAUUUGACCGGCAAAAGACGAAAGCACAACUUGCGUCUCGAAGAGAACCAGAACGGCAAAAGCUACAAUGUCAGCGAUACGGUUAUCACAGACGCUAUCAACAAAAAACAAACAGUCGGAGAGGUGGACGAUGCGGCAGAUGGGACAGAGACGGAUUUGGUUUCUAUUGGUAAUGCUCGAGACCGAGUCUUAUCAUUGCAGCUUGACCAAGCUACAAAAGAUGCCAGCAAUGGCUCGUCCACCAGUAUUGACCCUCGUGGCUACAUGACCGCUCUCAAUUCUCAAGUUGUCCAGACUGAUGCCCAAAUCGGCGAUAUCAAGCAGGCUCGUCAACUUCUCCAGAACCUCAUCCAGUCCAACCCCAAGCACGCCCCCGGAUGGAUUGCAGCGGCAAGUCUGGAGGUGCACGCGAAGAAGAUGGUAGCGGCGAGAAAGAUCAUUGCCGAGGGAUGCGAGAAAUGUCCGAAAAACGAGGAUGUUUGGUUCCACGCUGCCGAGUUGAACACUCCUGAAAACGCCAAGGUCAUUCUCGGCCGCGCCAUCCAACACGUCCCUCUCUCCGUCAAGAUCUGGCUCAAAGCCGCCGAGCUUGAAGCCGACGUCUCCUCCCGCAAACGUGUCCUCCGCAAGGCCCUCGAAUUCGUCCCCAACUCUGUCCUUCUCUGGAAAGAGACCGUCAACCUCGAAGACGACCCCGAAGACGCCCGGAUCCUUCUCACCCGUGCGGUAGAGGUCAUCCCGACGUCGGUGGAGUUGUGGUUGACGUUGGCGAGGCUGGAGACCCCGGCGAAUGCGAAGAGUGUCUUGAAUUCGGCGAGAAAGAAGAUUCCGACGAGUCAUGAGAUUUGGAUUGCGGCGGGUAGGCUGGCGGAGCAGAGUCCAGCAGCUGUGGCGAAGGAGGUCAAAAUGGAGGAUGACGAAGCUGCCCGUGCGGCAGAGACGCAAGCCAGGCAAAAGCUUGCUACCCAAGUGGACGCGCUCAUGAAGAAUGCCGUCAACUCUCUGCGCAAAAACCAGGUGCUCUUAUCCAGGGAACAAUGGCUGCAGGAAGCCGAAACGUGCGAGCAAGAUGGGUCGCCGUUAACUGCUCAGGCUAUUGUCAAAGCCACUAUCGCGCAGGAUGUGGAAGAGGAGGACAGGAUGGAUGUGUGGUUGGAGGAUGCUGAGCGGGCAAGCAAGGGUUGCUUCUAUGAGGUUGCGAGGGCUUGUUACGUCAAGGUGCUCGAGGAGUACGGAGACGAGCCGUUCGUGUGGCGACGAGCCGCCGAGUUUGAAAAAGCCCAUGGCUCGCCGUACGUCUAUCCCACUAUGCACGUUCCCGCUAACCAUAUAUAUAUAGUGACUCUGUCCAGGACAUUCUCGCUCGAGGUUACACUGCCAACCCUCACGCCGAAGUGCUCUGGCUCAUGGCUGCCAAGGAGAAAUGGCUCUCUGGCGACGUCCAGGGUGCCCAGGCUAUCCUCGCCUCGGCUUUCGAACAAAACGAAGACUCCGAGUCCAUCUUCCUUGCUGCCGCCAAGAUUGCCGCCGAGUCGUCCGAGUUUGCCGCUGCGGAGCAAAUCUUGGAGAAGGCGCGAGGUCAGGCGGACACGGAGCGGGUGUGGAUGAAGGGUGCGGUGCUCGCGAGACAGCUGGGUAAGACGGAAGAAGCGCUCAGGAUUUUGGAGGAGGCGAUCCAAAAGUUUGGCAAAUUCGACAAGCUUCAUAUGAUCCGUGGUCAGAUUUACGAAUCCGCCACUCCCCCCAAUAUAUUCGCUGCGCGUAAAGCCUUUGAGGACGGACGAAAGUCGUGUCCCAAGUCUAUACCGCUUUGGGUCCUGGGGGCGAGAUUGGAAGAGAAGUCGGGUGCGACGAUCAGGGCGAGAGGGUUGAUGGAGAAGGCGAGGUUGGCGAACCCGAAGAAUGAUGAGCUGUGGCUGGAGAGUGUUGGGAUUGAGGAGCGGGCUGGAGGCCAGGCUCAGGCAAAGAACCUUCUCGCACGAGCGAUGCAAGAAUGCCCCACCUCCCCUCUCCUCUGGUCCAAAGCCAUCUUCAUGGAACAGCCCCAACAGCGCAAGGGCCGCUCUGUCGACGCCCUCAAAAAGGCCGGCGAACACCCCGCCGUCAUCCUCGCCGUCGCCCGUCUCUUUUGGUCUGAACGCAAGAUUGAAAAAGCGAGGGCUUGGUUUGGUAAUGCGAUCACGGCGGAUCAGGAUUGGGGAGAUGCGUGGGGGUGGUGGCUCAAGUUUGAGAGGCAGCAUGGGGAGAAGGAGAGGCAGGAGGGGGUGGUGGAGAAGUGUAUCGCUGCGCAACCGCAUCAUGGACCGGUGUGGCAGGCUGUGGCGAAGGACUUGGCGAAUGUUGGGAAGAGCACGCAGGAGGUGUUGGAGCUGGUAGCGGACAAGUUGGAAUAGAUCUAUCGUGUUCUGUGUACGGUGUCCUACUAGACAUGAUGUAUCAUCAUCAAUAAUCUGCAGCA